AAGAAACAUCUAUCGGAUUUUGGCGCGAAGUUCACUCAUCCAUUCGGAUUGAGUUUGGGCAUUAUAACUGAUGUCAGUUCCCGAUGAGAAUCCGAAAUCUAAUUCCUAACCUUAAUUAUCAACUGUAAAUCAUAAUUCUAAUCCCUCACACAGGUUUAUAACCCUCAUUUGGUCCUGCUUAUUAGGUCGUCCUUAAAUUAUUGUCUCACCUCCAAGUCUUAUCCAACUUGUUAAUUCCUCUGGUUACUUAUAUGUAGUUAAUUCAAUCUAAGUAUACGAGUUUCACCCUAGAAUCAUGCUCAGUAGCUUAAGUGAAGUGCCUUUCAUGAAAAUACACGUUUGUUCUAAGUUUUCUUUCUCAACGAUUUUAGUUACCAUUCUCUCUCUGCGAUACAAACUUAGUGUCCGAUUUCAUUGCCCUGCAUAGAGCCAUCCCAUUUGUAACUGCUUCAUGGCUUGGUUUCACCUACCAUUAUACCGAAGCUUUAAUUACGUGAGUAGGAGAUUAUCUACGCGAGCCAAAUUGAGUCCAUUAGCUGAUGCUUUUAAUUACCAUAGUUUAGAAACGAAGGAUGAACAUUUAAACAAAACUACAGGUAUCUUUUGCAUAAUAUCAAUAUUUUUCCUCAUUCAGGACUUUUUGGCCACCCGGUCUUGACGUCUCCUCAUAGUUUUCAAAGUCUGGUUGAGUCUACUAUCGGAGAGUGUCAUGUGUUGUGUGAUGAAGCUACUUCUCAAACAAGAGUUAGGAAAAUAGUCCAGCAGGCAUUCCACUUCCGAUUGCUUCUACAUACUAAUUUUAUCUGUCAGCAGAAGUAGGAUGCACUACAAGUGUACUAUUAUAUUCCACUCAUCAUAUUCACUCAUGUAUUACUAUUGCUGGACCUAAUUUCAAUACUUUAAUUUAAUCCAUCUAUUUAUCACAGAUAUUAGACGAUCUAUCCGAUACAUUGUGUCGAGUUGCUGAUUUAUCUGAUUGUAUACGAAUGCUUCAUCCAGAUGAAGCAUAUCGCUAUUCUGCACUGAAAGCAUGUCAGUCAAUUGGUCAACUUGUCGAAGAAUUGAAUACUAAUUCAAAAUUAUAUAAUGCUUCUGUACGUGCAAACAGUUCAUCUCAAGUGGAUAAAUUAAUCCCAGAUACACAUAUGGAUAAUGUUGAUAAGCGUGUACUCGAUUUAUUUGUAGCUGAUUUUGAACUAUCUGGUGUACAACUACAGGACCCUUGUCGACACGAACAAUUCGUGCGUGCUGCUUCAUUUGCUUUAAAUUAUGGAGCUAAAUUUAUUGAAGGUUGCCAUAGUACAGUAGCUUUUCCAUCGAAGUAUACAACAAAGAGUUAUUCAAAUUCAAUUGAACUUGUUCAUCCACUUAGUGAUCAUCCAGAUCCUUCUAUACGUUUAUCCACCUAUCAUGCAUAUUAUGCACCAGUUGAAGGUCAAGAAAAGUGUCUAGAACAACUUUUGAGUGCACGACAUGAAAUGGCACAAGCGGCUGGCUUUGAAAAUUAUGCUAAACGUGCUACGCUCUAUAGUUUAGCUGAAACACCUGAGAAUGUAGACGAAUUCCUUCAGCAUGUUUGUAAAAAACUUCGUCCUAUUUCAACUAAAGUAGCAAGAAAACAUUUAUUACCAAUCAUAAAAAACUCUUAUGGAAAAACGAAGAUGCACAACUUGCAAACGAAUUGUAAUACAAAUUUAAUUUGGCCUAGUGAUUUACCCUACGUAGUUGGUGUUAAACGCCAAGCAUUAUGUAGUCAUUAUUUGACAGAUUAUUUUUCAUUGGGUGCAUGUAUGGAAGGUGUAAGUCAAUUGGCUAAUUGUCUAUUUGGAUUACGUCUAGAUGUUGUACCAGUACAACCUGGAGAAGUAUGGCAUCCAUCUGUUAUCAAAGUUCAUGUCUAUUCGGAUAAGAAUAAUUCAACAGAACCAAUUGGAAUAGUUUAUUGUGAUCUGCUUGAUCGUCCUGGUAAACCUGCCCAAGAUUGUCAUUACACUAUACGUGGUGGCCGAUGCAUAGAUAAUGGUUCUAGUAAUCGAUCAUAUCAAUCUCCAAUUAUAACACUUCAAUUGACGAUAUCUCCGCCUGAAUCGAAUUCUAAACCACCACUGCUUAGUAUAGGACAAGUUGAAAAUUUAUUUCAUGAAUGGGGACAUGCAUUACAUUCUAUGCUUGCACGUACACGAUAUCAACAUGUUACUGGGACACGGUGUAGUACUGAUCUAGCUGAAUUACCAUCAACUUUAUUUGAACACUUUGCGUUAGAUCCACGUGUAGUAUCAGAAUAUGCUCGACAUUGGAAAACAGGUCAGAAACCAGAUCCUAAUGAAAUAAUUUCAUUACAACAAUUAUCUAUUGGUCUAGGACUUGGUCAAAGUUUAGAAGUUAGUCAACAGGCUACCUAUGCUAUUCUGGAUCAAGUUUUGCACUCAGGUCCUAUUGAAAAUACUUUACUGCCUUAUGCAAAAUUAACUCAAGAAUCAAAUGAAUUAUGGCCUGCAUCUUCUAAAUUAUUAUCAGAUAUUCAAUAUAAAGUUGGACUAUCUGAUUGGUUUAGUUGUUCACCAGCUCAUCUAGGCGCAUGGCCUCAUCGUUUUACUCAUUUAGUCAAUUACGGUGGACGCUAUUAUGCUUAUUUAAUGGCAAAAGCUGGAGCUAAUCUUGUUUGGAGGCGUUAUUUUUCCAAAGAUCCUUGGUGUUCCUCAAGUGGACAGCUUUAUAUGGAAAAAUUAUUAUGUCAUGGUGGUGAGUAUCCUCCAGCUAUUCUACUUUCUGACCUUCUGGAUUGUGACGACGAAAUCAGCAGUCAAAAUGUGUUAUUAUCUCCUAAAAUGUUAGCUGAAGGUUUAACAGAUCAGUUGGAAGAAAUAGAACUGGCUUCAACUUCUUUACUGAACCGUAUUGAAUCGCCGAGUUUAUUCAGACCAGGAUCUUACGAUUAAUAACAAGAAAGAAGAGAGCUUAUUAAUUUUGACAUAUUUUGUUGUUGAUGAUGAUUUGUAAAUACACCAGCUAAUUAUUUCUCUAAAUGCUUUGUUGGUCUCCUCAAAUAACUU